GCCAGGACUGGACACCGGGACAUUGGGUGUCUGGAGUCAAGAGAUUAGAGAGGGAGUGUUUCAGGCUCCACGUGUGUCAAGGGUGGGAGGAGAUGCUGGGGCUCUGGGAGAAGCGAGAUGGUCACAUGGGCUAGCGAAAGGACAGCGGCCCUGUGGACAGCCCCUCCUGAGCUCUGAGAGGGCAGGCAGCUUCAUAUCGGAGCAGAGGUCCUGGGGAGCAGAAGUGGUGUAAACAGUACUUGCUUGGCUCCAGGAAGGAGGCAGGAUGAUUCCAGUGGCUGAGUUCAAGCAGUUCUCCGAGCAGCAGCCAGCCUUCAAGUUGCUCAAACCCUGGUGGGACGUGCUGGCUGAAUACCUCACGGUGGCUAUGCUCAUGAUCGGGGUCUUCGGUUGCACCCUCCAGGUGACACAGGACAAGAUCAUCUGUCUGCCCAGUCAUGAAUCCCGGGAGAACUUGUCCGAGGCCCCGUGUCAGCAGCUGCUGCUGCAGGGGGUCUCCGAGCACAUGGGGGGUCUCCAGGAGGUGAACGGCCUCAGGAACAACCUGGACCUACAGCAGUACAGCUUCAUUAACCAGCUCUGCUACGAGGAGGCCCUCCACUGGUACCCCAAGUACUUCCCCUACCUGGUUGUCAUUCACACACUCAUCUUCAUGGUCUGCACCAGCUUCUGGUUCAAGUUCCCUGGCACCAGCUCCAAGAUCGAGCACUUCACCUCCAUCCUAGGCAAAUGUUUCGACUCACCGUGGACCACACGGGCCCUUUCCGAGGUCUCCGGGGAGAACCGUAAGGGCCAUGCUGCUGGACGAGCAACAGCAACCAUGGAAGCCCAGGCAGGGCCAGGGAAGGCAGGGGAGGGUGAGAAGGAAAAGGUGCUGGCAGAGCCUGAGAAGGUGGUGACUGAGCCACCAGCCGUCACUCUGUUGGACAAGAAGGAGGGCGAGCAGGCCAAAGCCCUGUUUGAGAAGGUCAAGAAGUUCCGUGUGCAUGUGGAAGAGGGGGACAUUUUAUACACCAUGUACAUCCGGCAGAUGGUGCUCAAAGUCUGCAAGUUCGUUGCCAUCCUGGUCUACAACCUCAUCUAUGUGGAGAAGAUCAGCUUCGUGGUGACCUGCACGGUGGAGACCUCCAGGUUCACGGGCUAUGCCAGCUUCUGCUGCAACCACACCAAGGCCCACCUCUUCUCCAAGCUGGCUUUCUGCUACAUCUCAUUCGUGUGUGUAUACGGGGUCACCUGCCUCUAUACGCUCUACUGGCUUUUCCACCGGCCCCUCAAGGAGUACUCCUUCCGUUCCGUGCGGGAGGAGACUGGCAUGGGUGACAUCCCCGAUGUCAAGAACGACUUUGCCUUCAUGCUGCACCUCAUCGACCAGUACGACCCGCUCUACUCCAAGCGCUUUGCCGUCUUCCUCUCUGAGGUCAGCGAGAGCCGUCUGAAGCAGCUCAACCUCAACCACGAGUGGACGCCCGAGAAGCUUCGGCAGAAGCUGCAGCGCAACGCCAAGGGCCGGCUGGAGCUGGCCCUCUGCAUGCUUCCAGGACUGCCUGACACCGUCUUCGAGCUCAGCGAGGUGGAGGCGCUCCGGCUGGAGGCCAUCAGUGAUAUCACAUUCCCUCCGGGCCUGUCGCAGCUGGUGCACCUGCAGGAGCUCAGCCUGCUCCACUCACCCGCCAGGCUGCCCUUCUCCUCACAGAUCUUCCUGCGGGACCGCUUGAAGGUCAUCCGUGUCAAGUGCGAGGAGCUCCGUGAGGUGCCCCUCUGGGUGUUCGGACUGCGUGGCCUGGAGGAGCUGCACCUUGAGGGGCUCUUUCCUCCAGAGCUGGCUCGGGCGGCCACUCUCGAGAGCCUCCGUGAGCUGAAGCAGCUCAAGGUGCUGUCUCUGCGGAGCAAUGCUGGCAAGGUCCCAGCCAGUGUGACCGACGUGGCCGGCCACCUGCAGCGUCUUAGCCUGCACAAUGACGGGGCCCGCCUGCUGGCACUGAACAGCCUCAAGAAGCUGGCGGUGCUGCGGGAGCUGGAGCUGGUGGCCUGUGGGCUGGAGCGCAUCCCUCACGCUGUCUUCAGCCUGGGUGCGCUGCAGGAACUUGACCUCAAGGACAACCACCUGCGGUCCAUUGAGGAGAUCCUCAGCUUCCAGCACUGUCGCAAGCUGGUCACGCUCAGGCUAUGGCACAACCAGAUUGCCUAUGUCCCCGAGCACGUGCGUAAGCUCCGGGUCCUCGAGCAGCUCUACCUCAGCCACAACAAGCUGGAGACCCUGCCCACCCAGCUGGGCAUGUGCUCUGGCCUCCGCCUGUUGGAUGUCUCCCACAACGGGCUGCACUCCCUGCCACCGGAGCUGGGUCUCCUUCAGAACCUGCAGCACCUGGCUCUCUCCUACAAUGCUCUGGAGGACCUGCCCGACGAGCUCUUCUUCUGUGGCAAGCUGCGGACGUUGCUCCUGGGCUAUAACCACCUGAGAUAUCUGUCACCUCAGGUGGGGGCCCUCAGUGCCCUCAGCCGCCUGGAGCUCAAUGGCAACCGGUUGGAGAUACUGCCGGAAGAACUGGGCAACUGUAGGGGGCUCAAGAAGGCGGGCCUCCUGGUGGAGGACACUCUUUAUGAAGGCUUGCCAGCAGAGGUUCGGGAGAAGAUGGAAGAGGAGUAAAGCCAGGGAGGGGCAUGUUGCGGUAGAGGCCUUCUGGGUAUUUCUGUCCCCAAAUCUACCAAUGUCUUCAAGGGAGGUGGCCAGGUGGGCCCAGGCCAGGAGAGGAGCAGACAUGUCAGUCUGUGGGGCCCAGGCAAGAUCCUGGGACUGGUUUGUCUGGGGAGACGGGAGUCUGUGGAUUUGGGGUAGAAUGUCAUGGAGGGAUUAACUAAGUCAUGGAAUUCACAGACCAAAACCACACCUGUCUUUGGCUGGCUGGCCUGCCCCCAGCCCUGGGCCAGACUGCUGCCCUUCCCCUGGACAUUCUAGUUCAAUCAGUACAACAAAAGGGGUGAAGACACAUCCCAGUAAAAUUUCAAUCCUUCCCUGCCCCAAGGAGGGGAUACAGACACAAGGGGCCAGUGCACACUGCCCUCACUUGGAUGUUAAUCCCUUAUUUAUAAGUUGAUUCCCAUGGACACGUGAACUCAGAAACAUGGGCCUCUUAGUUGGCUAUGCAUCAAAAUCAACAUUUCCAAAACAAACACCCCAGGCCCCACCCCUGAAAGACUGACUCAGAAGCUUUGGCUGGAGGCCAGGAAUUUGCCUGUAAAUAAACAUUCCAGCUCAUUCUGACGAAGGUGGUCCUAGGCCUGUAUGUUGGGAGAUAUCUGGAUAUAUAUAGCAGGGAUUCUGAACCCUUUUUAGGUCCCUAGGCCCUUCGAGAAUCUGAUGAAAGCUGGGCACCUCCUUCUUCAGGAAAAUGCUCGUGUACACAUUCAUGCACAAUUCUGCCUACAACUUCAGGUCGUCAACAGAUUCCCCCAGCUCCCCCAGAGGGCUACUGACGGAUGUCCUAAGGCCGGCAGACACCAAGUUAAGAACACCGGCUGUGGAGGGUACACUGCUCUGAGGACAGGCAGGGACUUUGUCUCUGGAAUGUUCCCUGUGUGAGGAAGCAUGUGUCAGUGGGUGCUUAAUAAACAGUCCUAAUGAUGAGAACCAUCAUUCCGAUCUCGUGUCCACGCCUGUCACUAAGCUUUCCGUUUCACCAGACCACUUCCAGGCAAGUGGUGACAUGUGCCACAGUCAAGGGUAUGAGUCUCUGUCCUGGGUCAGAGGCGGAGAAGGGGGUAAGGAGGCGCCCUCGGCUAAUCAGGAAAAAUGAGGUGGCGUCUUCUGCCUAGGUUUUCCCUGGGGAACCCCUUUUCUUCUACUUUCCGUGUUAUCCUCCUGAUUCCAUACUUUUGUAUCUGCUCCCCCCAUAAGUCUUCAUCAGAGGGAUCCCCUCGGCUGGACCAGGAGUGGGCAGGGCACUAGGCACAGCCUGCCUGAACCUGACCUGGGCCUGGCCCCCU